AUGGCGCUUGCGGAGAGCACGAUGGAUGACCCGACGACGCUGCGGCGCAUAAUGUCCGCCGCCAAGCCCUACCAAAGCCACGUUGGCCGCAUGAUGGACGCGAGCCAGGCCCACGCGCACCUCUUCACCAACACCGAGUCCAAGUCGCAAUCCGUGGCGAAGAAAGAGCGUGACAGGCAGUUGAAGCUGCAGCGCGAGUACCAGGCGGCGUGGGAGGUGGCGGCCAACCGCAGCCUGCAGUUGCCGGCGCUGCGCACCAUGGCCCCCUCCUUCACAAAGACGGCAGACGAGGGGUGCACAGACAUGGGCGGCACCGUCAUUGGUGGGGCGGGGUACAACACAAUCGUUGCCAUGGUCCCCACCGUCGACACCGUCCGGCGUAUCGCGGACAGCGACGAGCUUAUCAGCAGCUUUCGCCCGUACCGCAUUGACGCGUUGCGGGCGGCGCGGCAGGCGGCGGCGGCGGAGGACAGCGCCCCGCACCCGGACGACGAACGGCACUUGGAGCCAACCCUGCGCACGCUCGCCGCCGGCCACCUCAUGGACGUCCGCGCCAUCCCUGACGACGUUGUGCAGGAGAACUGGGCCACCGCCUCCGCCUUCGCGGCGGCAAGCGUCUUGGCGGAGGGAGAAGCGCCGCUCCCCGCCCACUCCGUGAGUCCUGCGGAGGCCCUACUACCAACUCGCGUGGGCUCACCGCGGCGUGCCCCGCCGAAGGGCACCUCCAGCUUCCUCACGACGCGACGCUUCAAGUCACCCUCACGCAUUCCAGGCGUGCGGCAACCGGACAUUGGCCACUACCACCAGCGCUACACGCAGGUGGAGCCGCGCGUGGUGGGGGGUUACAUGUCGCCCCGUGAAUCGGCAGCACCGCAAACGCGGCCGCACCACGAAGACGUCAGCGAACCUGUCGAAUCCCUUGCGGAGACACAAGCGCCAAUGACCGCAGCGACGCUUACAGUGGCAGAGGGCACUAAAACCUUAAUGGCCAGCACGCUGGCAUACAGGGAGCAGCAUGCGGCUACGCUUGGGGCCUCGCGUACGCGAACCCGACUGCCGCCUGUCGUGCGGGGCAGCCACAUGUUUGUUUCCAAAACCCAGCGCUCAAAGUCUGCGUUUUGCAGCCCGGCAAAGGAUUUAGACUACUAUCCGUAUGCGGACGUACGCUCCACGGUGAGGCGACCGCGCUGCCCUGUGAAAUUUGAUGUCCAUCUCAAUGGGCGUCGCCACGAAUGUGUGACGACGUCCGCCACGGUGGGCAUGUACGACUUGGCCACGGACAUCUCAAUUUACCCGCAUCGAGUGGUCUGCAUGGACCGCGACACGGGGCGUGCGGGGCACUGGCGGAACAAGCCCCCUGCGUACCAGUCUGCACCCGAGUUCGUGGAUGUGGAGGAAGCCCUCAAGCUGGUGCGGCCCCGCACACGUGUGGUGACCAUGGCGCCGCAGGUCCCCGAAGCGGAACAGGAGGAGCGGCAAAAGGCGCCCGACACCACGGUUUCCAUCGAGCGCGACCUCAACUUCCCGAGGAGCAUCUUUGACCACUGUGAGGGGAAGCGGGUGCGACAGUUUGCGACGAUGGUGGGUCGAAGCGCAUCGGCGCCGCUGCAGGUCCACGAGGCGCCGGAGACUGUUGAGUUUACGCAGGUCACGCCCCGCACGCCAUGCGCCAUUAUCCACCCAACGGCCCCCGGCCACGCCCCGCUGCACCGACCAAACCCGACGGAAAUCGGGGACGUGCCAAACCUCCGGUGGGUGAAGCCACGAACGGAGCGCACAAUGGACUUCGGCGUGGUCGCCACCGCGUCCCCGUCGCAGCUCCCAACGCGGGAUUUGUGGUACGAUACGAGCAAGCGCGCUCUUGUAGAGCCGCGUGUGACUGGGAACCCAAUGAUAGAGACGCAGGUGUCACGCGAGAAGCGCGCCAAAAUAUUCUCCAGAGCGGGUUGCGGUGCCCACGCGGUGUACAACAUCGACCUUCCACAAAAGGGCAAGUCGGUGCCCGUGUUUGAAAAGCAAAUCACGAAGGAAACCCAAUUCUGCGGACACCGGCUGCAGUCGGAGCGGUGGCUGCGGAAGUAUCCCCGCGCACCCGGCCCCGGACACUACAACGUCUCCUACCGCCUUGUGGAGUAA